AUGCAAGAGACUAAGGCUCAUCUGAUUAGAAAGUUUAGCAUAAAGGACAUUGGUAGAGUCAAGUAUUUUCUUGAGAUUGAAGUAGCAUGUUUAACACAUGGCAUUGUUUUGACUCAGCGAAAGUAUAAUCUGGACAUUCUAAAAGAUGCACGAAUGGAGAAUUGCAGACCGAGUGAGUUUCCAAUAGAGCAACAUUGUAAGUUACAAGAAGAUGAAAGUGAGCCAUAUGUAGAACCAAUGAGAUAUAGAAGGAUGCUGGGAAAACGUUACCUAGUAAAAGUUGGUGAUUCGCCAAUAUCUUGGAGGUCAAAGAAGCAAAGUGUAGUUGCUAGGUCAUCAACAGAAGCUGAGUAUCGAGCAAUAGCUUCAACAGUAAGUGAGCUAAUAUGGUUAAGGUGGUUGAUGAAGGAGUUACAAGCACCACAAGCCAAAGCCACUCCACUUUACUGUGACAACCAAGCAACUCUCCAUAUAGCCAUGAAUCCAGUCUUUAACAAGCAAACGAAGCAUGUGGAGAUGGAUUGUUACUUUGUGAGAGAAAGAGUUCAAACAGGAGAAAUAGAGCCAUGA